AUGAGUUCGAAUAGCAAUGAGGAUGCAAUCGUUAUUGACAGUCUGGGAACCGUUAUUUCUGACUCUGAAGGUGAUGCUACUGACGAUAGCGUUACCUAUUUCAACAGUGCAGCAGAACAGGUAACUAUUCAGCACACUAUCCAAGACACUGAUCACAUUGCAGAGGCACCUCUCGAGGAGGUGGAAAGUGCAUCUGAUGCUGAAGCCAUAGUAUCUCAAUCCCAACCGAGGCGGUCUCUUCGAAAGAGAAAGGCUAUUCAAAAGAUGCCCUACAGUUUAGAAAGAAUCAAGCAUAGACAACUUUUGGAAGGAUUUGAUGUGUCCGCCUUCGAUUCUGUAUCCAAUACUAUCUCCCUUCCAAAUAGGCCAAUAGGUCCCAACGAACUAGAGCGAGAGGUUGAAAACAUGGAUGUAGGAGCUUGGAAUGGAACGAAUGAUUAUGGGGCAGAAGAUGACGAUGACAAAAUUUAUAAUGAAAUGGACACUUCAGGUUCGGAUUCAGCUCCUGACUCAGAGUAUGAGAUUAUAAACCGAAAUUUAGAUGACGAGGGAAUAAUAAACGAUCAAUUGACCUCCGGAGUGACCAAGAAUAUUACUCACCAAUUUCCUGUAAAUGGAGAUAUUUCUGAAACUGAUGAAUCAAAUAAAAAUGAAAAUGGAGACGAGCAAAUGGUUUUCAGAGGAAGAGUAGUGAAUAUGAAAACAGGGUACCGAGGUAUUCUUCCUAGAAUCGCCUGGGAAAAAGGACUACAAAAUAAGACUUCGAGCUCCUCACUGCGAAAGAGAAGAAGAACUAACCAACUUCAGAAAGGUGUUGCCAAGACUAAAAAGAAAAGUGUGCACUCAAGGGGCCAAGAUGCUAUACUAUUAGACGAGAUGAUUGUCAGGGAUGAUGAGGUAUCAGAUGACCUAAUUGCUGGUCCCGACUUUCGAAUAGCUGAUGAUACUGAACUUUCGGAAAAUGAGGUGGAUAGAAUGAAUAGCUAUUUCCAAGAAAAGUAUAGUAACAAUUAUACACUCGACGUUUUGUCUGAUGAUAACGAUGAUUUGUAUAGGGCCUCUCUGCUAUCUGAUCUUGACAAAAAUCCAAUAGCGGUAAACAUGCCGUCACCUAGUAACUACAAUGGUCCUGAAUUUAUUACUGUCGAAUCACAAGACUCUUCGGGGGAUAAUUUGUCAGACCAAUAUGCAUUUUCUGAUGAUGAAAAUGACCUUUUACCAGAUCAAAGAAUGGCGCAAGAAUCGAAUGGAAAUGUCAUAGACAAAAUGUUAUCUCACGGUAAUAUUUCCAAAGUGAGCCGGCCAACCAGUAAACCAAACGGUCAUGCAUUUAGGCAACCGACGAAUAAAACUGGAACUAGGAAAAAACGUAGUUUGAAGCCGUCCCCAAGAAAAAGGACUGCUACACCCAAGAAUAAUAUGAAACUGCUCAAAAAAUCAUUUAAAGGGCUUUCUAUAACCCAAGUCAAAGAAGUUAGCGAGAAUGUUUCAAAGGAAAAACCAGAAAGUAAUACCACAAAGACAAAGAAGAAAAAGAAGAAGACCAUUCGGAGAUACAAGAAUUUAUUGAGACGAAAUCCAACUUUCUUGACAGUUGUCGAAGCCCCGGGAUCGAAAUAUGCACCUGGUAGAAAUAGAUCACUGAACGACACUUUGACUAUUGACCUUGCAAAUCCAGAUGAUAUUGAAAAAGACUCAAACGUACCAUUACUAAUGAUCCUCGAGGUUCUCCUUCUGGAUAGGAAGCUGGAUCCACCAGACACGGUAAAAAUAGCGAUGUCAGAUAAGAUAUACUUACUAUCACGACUGAAUUUAAGUACAAUAAAAUCCGUCUUAACCGAGGUGUUUAAGCACAUUAUAGAAGAGGGAGUAAGUGAUAUCGAAUUGGUAAAUGUCAACGACAAUAUUACAAAGUUCUUAUUGUAUGCAAAUUUACCAGAACUAUAUGGAAUAAUAGAAGAUUUCCAUAGAACAUUCAGAUCAAAAGUCUAUGCUUUGAAAGGUAAAACAAAACCUAUCCAUUUCUUUCAAAUUGCAGCGUGUCAAUUAAUGCUCUUAGAGAUAUCACGGUUUACUAAUAUUUCUACUUCCAUGAAAGAAAAAAUCGAAAGCAGAAUAUUAGAUCAUAUUAUUUCUUUUUUCACCUUAUUGGCCAUUUAUGACGAUAAUGUAUCAAAAGAAAACAUGAAAUAUUUAUCAGAAAGUUAUACUAUUCUGUACACCGUAGUGAAGACUUCAAACCAGAAAAAUAACCUUUGGAGCCGUCUGGAGAAGCAUCGUUUUCCUGCACAAGUGCUGUCGACCAUUGUAGAUAUUUUCCCUACAAAGCAAGAACGAUGGACAAUGCUAGAUAUAGGAUCAUCAUAUAUCUCCCUGAUUCGAGCUUUUAAAUUUAUCAAUCAUAGCCUAACGAAAUAUUUUUGGCCUAUUACCAAAGAUUUAAUCGAUUUGUUGAACCAGACUUUCAAGAAAAGAAGGUUUGUUGACUUUGAAGAAGAAAAAUUGAAAUCACAGAAAAAUUAUAUUAUUUCGUCACCAACAAAGCAACCACCUUCGACAGUUAUCUUCAACAAGUAUCUGAAUUUGUUAGAUUGUUCUGACAUUUCAACUGCUACAGUGGAACGUAUUAUUCCGAUAGGUGAUAUAUCCUUGGGUGAUCCACUAUCUGUACUAUUGAACAGAAUCAACCUGCUAAUUGUGCUAGCAAAUAAAUCAACUUUAAACAUGGAAAAGAGACUGGAAGAAUUGACUCGACCGUUUUCAACGGCAGACUAUCUUAAGUCAUUAGAACCAACCUCUGUGAAACGUAUAUUCCAUGCAAUUUUAAAUGGAAUUCUUUCUAUUCUAGAAAAUAAUAGUAUCAAAAAGCUACCCUUUAAAGGGAAAUGGCUAGGUCCGAUAUACACAACAGUAGUAUCUGGAAGUAUUCAGGUUUCCAAUAUUUGGCAUGUCUUUCUUCAAAGAUUUAGCAACAAAAUAAAUUUGAGCGAGAAAAACACCAGAAGUAUGUUGAAGUCAUUGUACCCUUGUUUAGUUGCAACGCCAAAAUCAGAUACUUUUAACAGAGAGUUUCUUUUGAAGAUAUACUUGGGUAAUUUAACAAAGUUAAAUCCAAAAUGGACUCAAGAUCGCCUUCUGCAGUUUGUAAAAUUGAAUGCUGAUUUGUCCAACUGCUGGGUCAAAUAUUAUUGCAUCAUUGGUAAGUAUCUAAUUGGGCAUAACAUGCUAUCUUGGUGGUCAUUUCAACUAUACAAUGGAUAUGAGGAUAAUGAAAUCAUGCAACUACAGUUUCUUAAUGAGAUCAUUAAGCUGUGCGAUGUGGACUCAUAUAAUUUACUGAAAGAAAAAAUGUGCAAAAAAACAAUUGAGCAUAUAUUUAAUAACCAAAAAAGUCCUGGUUUUGAUCAAUUUUUUAUAGAGCUAAUGAAACGUGAAAGCGGUAUCGUUCCUGAUCGAAGCUAUCAAAAUUCUGAAAAAUCGUUCUUGGCAAUUGUGAAGCGAUUUAUCACUAUUCUUGGUAAGAAUGGGUAUUUUACUUUAAUUCAGCAGCUAAUAAUCAACUUACAGACCAGCUAUCAAAGAAAAUUGCUGAGCGAGAAUGUUACAGGUGAUCUUACACGUUUCCUAAGUUCGAAAUAUCUCGAAGAAAUUAAGAAUAAUUCUUCAUUUUUACUGCUGGAAAGAGAAUUGGGUAUCUCAAAUAUCGAAUCAGAAGCAAGCAAAUUUAAAAACGAAUUUACCAAGGUUAUAGAUAAUAGUGGGAAGAUAAUAUUUUUGACAAAGGCAUUAAUCGACGCUUAUUCACUCGGGGAAGCAGAAGUUGUCAACCUUGAAGGGAAAUUACUUUCCUUAUUUAACGAUUCAAUGCUCAAGAAUCUGUUUGAAAUCUUCUUCUUGUUAUUAUGUUCUCAUCUGCAUCCAAUGGAUCCAACCCUUACGAGCUUUAGGUUUCUUAAUUCUGCAUUUUUAUUACGUACGUUGAAUAAUGCAAUAGUCGAAAGAUUCUACCAAGUUUCCAAGGAAGAAUUUACUAGUAUCUGUCAUUUAGUAAAAGUCCUUGAUGCAACCUCAUAUGAUUUCCUCAAUGAACCUCAAAUAUACUUUCUUGGUGAAGAGGUCUUUAGAUUUUUUUUCCUUACCCAAAGAAUAACUUCUGGUUUUGUGGACGAGUGUGAUCUAAUGCACCUCUCUUCGCAAUAUGAACAUUGGAAACGUCCCCAACCAAUAGAAGUACCCAUGCAGUCAUCUGAAUUAGAAGAACUCUUGAAGUCCCACCUGACUACGUUUCAUUCGUUCCAACACCAUGCUCACUAUAUCUCUGACAAUAAAUGGCGUGAUACCUAUAACAAGACAGUUGCAGAUUUUUACGAAGACGUUAAGGAUAGUUAA